AUGCUACGCCGGCUGUGCUCCGAAUCCGGUAGACCUCGGCAUGUCACUGCAGGGUUGCUGACACGCAGACGCUGUGUCCAACAUGAUGCAUUUUCGUCCGGUAUUUCGCGGCCUGAGAAGCAGCUCUGUGGUCCUGCUCCGUCUUUUGUCCCAAGGAGGAAUGCUGUCCGGGUCAACGCCGUCCGCCACGUGAGCAGCAACGCCCUGCGCCAAGAGAUUGAGGAAGAUGCAAACAAGACCGCCACCGGCCAUGGCCUGCCUUCCAGUCUGGAGCACGACCUUGAUGCCCUGCGAUCCGGAAAGCACGUUGUAGAGGAGACGGUCCAGCUCGGCAAUCGAGAGAAGCUCCAUCGCGCAGAGGCAUCCGAGACGGUCGAGUUUGGCGUGCCCGUAGGGAGUUCCGGAUUGACCUACCCGGCCAAGAUGAACGCCGUCUUCGCGCGAGACAGCUGCACGUGUCCCCUGUGCGUCGACCCGUCCAGCAAGCAGAAGCAGUUCCAGACGUCGGACAUCCCGACCGACAUCAAAGCCACGUCAACCCUGGAUCCCGACAAGCAGACACUGGACAUCACCUGGACCAACGACAUCCCAGGCUUCCCCAAGGACCACGUCACCCGCUUCGACCUGAAGCCCGCUUCCGUGACGUGCAGGGACUCGGUCUACCAUCCCCUGGAGCCGAAGAACCGGCUCGUCUGGGACGGCAAGACCAUCGCCGAGAAGAACAAAUGGAUCCCGUACGACCGCUACAUGAAGGACGACUCGGUCCUCCACGAAGCCCUCGAGCAGCUCGGCCGGUACGGGCUCGUCUUCCUGACCGACGUGCCCGACAGCGAGAAAUCCGUCGAGCACAUCGUCCACCGCAUCGGCAUCCUCAAAGACACCUUCUACGGCCGCACCUGGGACGUCAAGUCCAUCCCCAACGCCAAAAACAUCGCCUACACGCACCAAUACCUCGGCCUGCACAUGGACCUCAUGUACGUCACCAACCCCCCGCACCUGCAGCUCCUGCACUCGCUGCGCGCCCGCUCCCCCGGCGGCGCCUCCCUCUUCUCCGACUCGCUCCACGCCGCCUUCACGCUCGAGCGCACCGACCGCGCCGCCUUCGACGUCCUGGCCUCCGUCCCCGUCCCCUUCCACUACAAAAACGACAACCAAUCCUACGCCAAGUGGCGCCCGACCAUCGAGCUCGCCACCGGCCCGCAGCCCGCCAGCCUCGCCCCCAACCCCGCCCACGCCGUCGUCAGCGCCUCGCCCGCCGACCCCGUCCUCGGCACCUCGCUCGCCGGCCGCGAGAUCCUCGAGGGCGUCCCCCCGCCCCCGCGCAUCAAAUGCAUCAACUACUCGCCGCCCUUCCAGGCGCCGCCCUCGCCCGCCGCCCUCGCCGACCUCGGCCUCGCGGGCCUCGUGCCGUUCGCGCCCGCCGAACGCUCCUUCGCGGCGCUGCACGCGGCGCUGCGCAAGUUCGCCGCCCUGGUCGAGCGGCCCGACGCGUUGUUCGAGCACAGGCUGGAGGAGGGGCAGUGCGUCGUGUUCGACAACAGGCGCGUGUUGCAUGCGCGGAGGGCGUUCGAUGCGAGCGAGGGCGAGCGGUGGCUGAAGGGCGCGUAUGUGGAUGACGAUGUGUUUUUUAGCCGGUGGAGGGUCUUGGCGGAGAGGGCGGCGGGGAGGGAGGGCGAGGGGGCUAGGGUGUGGGAGAGGUUGUAUGGGGAGGGGAAGGUGUGA